AUGGGAGAACUUCUAGUGGUUACAUUGCUUCGUCUCUUGAAGAAUGCAAUCAUUUUAGGGUUUGAUGGUCUCUCCAUUCUCUUCUACCUCCCUGUGAGCAUGUUCUUAUUCAUGCAGAGUAAAUUAUCGGAAUUAUUUGGAUACAAAGCAAGAAUUCACGGAAAUCAUCAUGGAUCACUACUCUCCUAUUAUUUGAUAUUUAUUAUCUUUUAUUUGAUCACUACUGUUGCAACACCCUCUAUUGUGUUAUAUCCAGUGUUUGUAGUAUAUCAAACCUUUAUAUGGUAUAUUAGGAAUGAAUCGAAUACAUUUUGGAUGACUACUGCCUCUAUUGGAGUGGUAUUCGUUUGUUCAGUUGCAUUGUCCAUAAGAGCUUGUAUUUUAUUAGAGAGAAUGAAAAGAGUAUUCGAAGCAAAUAUAUUUGAAGAUUGGAUCCAAGUGCAAGUUCAUGGUAUUUUAUAUGUCUUGUCAAUCAUUGCAUUCAUUGUGAAUCCAGUGAGAUUGGUCGUGUUUUUGAAGGAUGCUAAAGGAAGACAGGCCCACGAGUAUGUGAAUGUAGUGGGAAAACAAGCUCGGAGUGCCAUCUAUGAUCUUAUUUGCAUUCCUUUUGCUUUCUUAAUUUUGGUGACUGUUUGGAGAAUUCCAAUCAUAAGGAGAUCAAAGUGGACUCAUCAAUUAUUUAUUGAUAAUGGUCUCUAUGUGCUCAUGGAAAUACCAGUAUUCACCAUUUGCAUUCCAAUUAGCCUUAUUGCCUUUUAUAGAGCUAAGUACUUUAUUCAAGAGUUUGCCAAGUUGGACUCUGAAAAAAGUGACCGUAUGAAGUUCUGUAUAAAACAAGCAUCUGAAACCUUCAUCGACAUUCCAUUCAUUUUGAUGGGAGCGAUACUAACUUGCACGAUUUAUAGAUUCAUCCCAGUGGUAAAACAUUAUUUUUCAAAAGAUACAGAAAACAAAAAGUCUCUGAGGAGAAUCAUUUAUGAACAUUUUUGUUAUUUCCUACUGGACAUUCCUGCAGCUAUUUCCUAUGGAAUAAUUUUCAUGCUUCGAUACAGACUGCCGAUUGUCCUGAAAAUUUCAAAUGAGGAAAAGGAAAAGGGAAAUUUCCUUCACUUCCAUCAAACUGCCCUAAUCAUGGCCUGGGAAACACUUCUUGAUAUUGUGCACAUUAUUCUUUGUACUUCAGUGUUUGUCACUCUUUGGAGAGCCUCACAUUUAUAUUCCGCCAUCUUUAUCGAUGUAUUUUACACUCCAAAAUUCUUUGAAAAUCAAGAUGAAGACAAUAUUAAGAAGAUGACUCUCGUCGAGUACGAAACAUUCAAAAAGAGAAGAGCUAUUGCCAGAGAUAUUCUCAAAAAUUGGAUCAUAGAUGUUGCCUUUAUCAUUCUUGGCAUAUUGUCGGUGUGGAGAAUUCCAAGAAUUGCUCUCCACUACAUGACCAUCAUUACAAAUGAAGAAAAGGCCAACUCGAUGAGAAAUAAGGCCAUGGAAGAAUUUAUUCAGUCCAUUCUCGAUGUAUUGGCCAUCUCGGGUCUAUGCAUGGUAUUGGUUCCAACUCUGUACCGACUUCCUACUCUCAUCUCACGACUCAAGUCAAAAGAGGACAAACUUUAUCAAUUGAUUGUGUUUUCAGAAAUUUUGGAGACCCUGAAAGAUCUUCCUUUCCUUGUGAUGGGUCUUUUCUCCAUGUGGAGAAUUCCAGUGAUUGUUCUCAAGAUUUGGCUUUUCAAUCCUCAAGAUUACGACACUGCUGAGAAACGAAGAAAUUUAGCAAAGGAGCAAUUCAUAGAUGCCAUGUUGGACAUUCCAUUCAUUGUUUCAUUCAUACUCAUGAUACUCUCCAUUAUGCACAUCUUUACACUUUACAUGUUGACUCGAAAAUACUUUAAAUUCAAGAAAGAAGAAACGGACAUGUCCAAGAAGAGAGAAUUGUUCACCUUCUUCAGAGGCAAAAUUUUAAAACAAUUGUACCUGUUACCUUUACAGAUACCACUCAUUAUUUGCACCUAUUUAGUUACUUUCACUUUCUAUAGAAUUCCAAUCACAGUCACCACCAUGAAGAAAAUUCCUGGACAAAAAGAACCAAAGAAACUUGCAGCCAAAGUAAUUGCCUCUCAAGCACUGAGUAUUCCAUUGGAUAUCAUCACUCUCCUCUUCUCGACCAUCAUUAUGUGCACCUAUUACAGAAGUGGUGAAUUAAGAAAUGUAUUCAAGACACAUUCGCUCUUUCCAUCAACUUUUGAGAUGAGAGAAGCUAUUGAGGCUCAUCGAUUAAUUGCUCUAAUCUUUUGGGAUCUCAUCAAAGAUAUUCCUUUGAUACUGUUAUUUUUAAUUUCGUCCAUUACAGUUUGGAGAAUUAAGCACAUCCUUCGAACAUUACAAAAUGAAAAAGACUACAAAAAACGACUCAUGUUACUUGGGGCUAAUGCUUUGUUAACUAUUGGAGAUGUUCCAUGUGCUAUUUGUGCAGUCUUGGUGUUUUUCAGUUGGAGAGCUAAGCGAAUGAUUUCCAUCAUCCAAGGAGCCUAUGUGGCUGGCAAACUUUCCCAAGUUCACUUUUCAAUAUUUUUGGAAUUUUAUGAAUAUCUGUUGGAUUUAAUUCACAUCAUGUUAGUACCUCUCUUGCUGUGGAGAAUACCAGUCUUGAUUAGAAAUGUCAUGAAGAUGGAAACCAUUCCUGAGAUGAGAAAAGAAGUAUUAGUACAUUUGAAACAAAUAAUUUUAGACCUUCCAUUCAUACUGUGUACCAUUAUUGUUUCUCUCUCAAUUUAUAGAAAUGUUGAAAUUUAUCAUUAUCUCACCAAAAAGAAGAAGAACAAAAAACCUUAUAGAGAAUUUAUUGUCAUACAGCUCAUUCAAUUGUUGUAUGACAUCCCAUUGGUAAUAACAGCAAUAGCUACCUGUGUCAUUAUCCCAUACCGAGUGUAUCACUUAGUGAAAUACCUCUUUUUCUAUCCUUUCAAGAAGGAUCGUGAUAAUGAAAGAAGAAGAGAGCUUCGAGUGUUGAUCGCAAAAACAUUGGUCGACUUGUUGACUCUUAUUUUUGGUCUGGGAGUGUUGUUAUUGUGUUGGAGACUUCCCUUCUUUAUUCACAGGUAUCUCACUGGAACACCUCUCAAGAGAUCGCUUUGGGUUGAAUUCAAGGCAGGAGUGUUGGAUGUUUGUUGUUUAUUCAUGCUUGCAAUUAAUUUGGCUCUAUUCUACCAAUUUCCAUACACAAUUCAAAGACUCUUUUACUUUACCAUCACAUGCUGCAAACAUCUUUUCAAAUAUUUACCAGAAUUAUGGAAUAAGGUUCGAACACCAAAGUCUACACAAUCCUCUACUCCAAAAGUUAUUCCACCUAAUAAUGGUGAAAUCCUACCACAGGAUAUGCUCUUUGAGAUUUUGACAUUCCUCCCACCAGAAGAAAAUGCUCAAAGUUUUGAUCGUGUUUGUAAACAUUGGCAUGAACAAGCACGACAAGAUUCAGUCUUGUGGAAAUUAUAUCUUGAUGCAGAUAGUUUGGGACAAUUCAUCGAGCAAAAGAUGGCAAGAAAAUAUGUUUCUUCGAAUAAUAACUACAAUGGCCAUAAUUAUUAUGGAUAUCCAUACAAUAGCUACCCUAGGAAUUCAACUCUGAAUGAGAAAUAUUAUAGUGCAAUUGGUACCUAUAAGAAUGAAGAUUUUUCACAUAUUUUUGCCAAAGCAUUUUCAAGCGAAUCCGAAAACAGAAAUCAUUACGUGAAACGAUAUUUGUCCAUCAAGGAGAGAUAUGUGGCUAAAAUGUAUUCUCUACAAGAUGCCCUAGAGGAUGAUUAUCGUCUUGGAUAUCAUGCAAUUGUUGUUAAUGAGCUCAAACAUACCAUUUCUCACAUUUACAAGAUCUUUUUAUUGCGUUAUAAGAUUAUUGGUACAUUGCUAUUCCCAUUGUCCUUCGCAAUCCGAAAGAUUUACAGAAACCAGACGAUCAUUAAUUAUUCAUGGGAUUGUGCAGAAGAGCAUCUGAUUGAUAUACUUGCAAAUAGCGGUCUUUUUAUACUCGAUGCCAUGGUUUUUGUGGUGAUGACUGUUCUCGACAUUUUCCCUUUCAUGGGCUAUCGAUGGUGGGGAAAACAAAAUAUUGAACUGUACAAUUAUUACAAUUACAGAGGAUGGAACUAUUUCAAAGUAGUUUGUCUCUCAUUUGCCUCCCUUAUUGCCACUGUGAUUUGCAUUAUUAUUGCAUUUGCUAUAGCGUUUAGCCCAUUCGUUUUCAAUGUGAGAAUUUGGCUAUUUGGGGUGAUUAUGUCGAUUGGAAAGAUAUCGGAAGCGAGUCAGUUCAUUCUGAGCUUUUUCAAAUUUAACACUGUGGUCUCAUGGUUCCUACUACCUCAAACUCUUGCACUGGGCCUUCAAGACUACAUUAUUGGAUUUGUUUUCUACCUGUUGGGUUUCAUUUUGAAUGCUGAAUCUGGAUUUAUGUACUGGAUUAAUGUGGUCUUGUUUUACAUACUAUGGAUAUUUAUCAUGUUUUGGUUUUUCGUUUUUACCACUCCAAUUUUGGAAUCCACUCCAUAUUUCAGAGCAAAUUAUGCUACGAGAGUCAUGGUGGAUGUGUAUGCAGAAAUAUUGAGCAUUUCGGCUUCUUUUUGUAAAAAUCAUUUGGGAUUUUUAGGCCAAUUAGUGAUCAUUCCAAUUACUUUGGGUUGGCUCGGUUGGCCUCUCAUGAUUUGCUUCUAUUUCAGAUAUAUUUACAUCAUGAUUCCUGGAGCGUUGUUGAGCGUGUUCUUUGUAUUUUUAGCUUAUUCGACCCUUAAGAAAAUCGGUUAA